AUGGUGUCAGUGUUGCUUCUGCGGGAAGGGCUGCUGCGGCGAGUACGUUGCUUGCAGCUGGGGACCUCGGGUCCCGGCCCUGUGGCCGCCGGCCCGGGCCCCGCCUCGGCCUCCGGCCUGCUCACGGGAUCCGGCCGAGACUGCGUGCUGCUGCAGGAGGACUUUCUCGCUCACCGUGGCCGACCCCACGUCUAUCUGCAGCGCAUCCAGCUCAACAACCCCACGGAACGCGUGGCCGCGCUGCAGACUGUGGGGCCCACUGCCGGCCCGGCCCCCAGGGCCUUCACCAGCACCCUGGAGAAGGUCGGAGACCAUCAGUUCCUCCUCUACUCUGGCCGGUCCCCGCCUGUUCCCACGGGGCUGGUGCACCUGGUGGUGGUGGCCGCCAAGAAGUUAGUGGACCGUCUCCAGGUGGCUCCCAAGGCGCAGCUGGACGAGACUGUGCUGUGGGUGGUACACGUUUCUGGCCGCCUUAACCCCCAGGUGCUCAAAAGCAAAGCAGCCAAGGAGCUCAAGGUGCUCCAGGACUUGGCUCAGAAGGAAAUGCUGGAGCUCUUGGAGAUGCCAGCAGCUGAGCUGCUCCAGGAUCACCAGGGCCUCUGGGCUCAGCUCUUCAGUCCAGGUGUGGAAAUGAAGAAGAUCACUGAUGCCCAUACUCCAUCUGGCCUGACCGUGAACCUGACGCUGUACUACAUGCUGUCCUGCUCCCCGGCCCCGCUGCUCAGCCCCGACCUGAGCCACAGGGAGCGGGACCAGAUGGAGUCAACGCUCAACUACGAAGAUCACUGCUUCAGCGGCCACGCCACCAUGCACGCUGAGAACCUCUGGCCAGGCCGCCUAUCCUCCAUCCAGCAGAUCCUGCAGCUCUGGGACCUGUGGAGGCUGACCCUGCAGAAGCGUGGCUGCAAGGGGCUCGUGCGGGCGGGCGCCCCCGGCAUCCUUCAGGGCAUGGUGCUCAGCUUCAGCGGCCUGCAGUUCACCGAGAACCACCUCCAGUUCCAAGCCGACCCUGACGUGCUGCACAACAGCUACGCCCUGCACGGCAUCCGCUACAAGAACGACCACAUCAACCUGGACGUGCUCGCAGACGCUGAGGGCAAGCCGUACCUGCACGUGUCUGUAGAGUCCCGAGGCCAGCUCGUCAAGAUCUACGCCUGCGAAGCGGGCUGCCUGGACGAGCCUGUGGAGCUGACCUCGGCGCCCCAGGGCCACACCUUCUCGGUCAUGGUGACACAGCCCAUCACGCCGCUGCUCUAUAUCUCGACCGACCUCACGCACCUGCAAGACCUGCGGCACACGCUGCACCUCAAGGCCAUCCUGGCCCACGACGAGCACAUGGCCCAGCAGGACCCGGGGCUGCCCUUCCUCUUCUGGUUCAGCGUGGCCUCCCUCAUCACCCUUUUCCACCUUUUCCUCUUCAAGCUCAUCUACAAUGAGUACUGUGGGCCUGGCGCCAAGCCCUUCUUCAGGAAUAAGGAAGAUCCCAGUGUCUGAGUGACAUCAGUCCUGCUUUCAGUCGCCACUUGCACAAGAUGCCCAGCACUGAAAGUCCUGCUGCUGCGAACAAGGGAUCCUGUGAAAGCACCCAGCCUUCUGUGCCUUGUUGGGGGACACCAGUGACUCAGAAGUGCGUGUGGAUGUUCAGGAGUUUGCAUCGGGGAGGGGAG